AAUGCUUUUGCCCUAACCCAAAAGUUGGGCUUUUUUCCAAAAUUAUCACAACUUUUCCGGGUCAUUCUGUAAUUUUCAUAAACCUCAAGGACUUCAAACCAAAAUCGGUAGUUAAGCCAACUGCAACUACAAAUACCUAAGUUGACCUUAGUUGAAUGUGAAGCGAACUUCAGCAGCAGCAAGCAGAAUCGAAUAAUAAUGUUGCUGCAAAAUUCCAAUUUUUGCCGGAUUAAUUUCCUGCAGAAUGGGAAUAAUUUUUCUCCCCCAAAUUCGCGUCUCCAUUUCUCGAAGAGGUACGCCGGAGCUCCUGCUCUACGUUGCGUCUCCGAACUCGCUUGCCACAGUAUUUCGAUCGGAGACGUCUCCGGAGUUUUCCACAACAAGGUUUUGGUAGCAGCAGUUGUAUCGGCGGCAAUUGGGCAAUUAUCGAAGCCGUUUACUUCGACUUUAUUAUAUGGGAGGAAAUUCGAUUUGAAGGCUGUCGUUCAGGCUGGAGGGUUUCCUUCUACACAUUCUUCUGCUGCUGUGGCUACUGCAACUUGUCUUGUUCUUGAGAGGGGAUUUUCUGAUGCAAUUUUCGGAAUGGCUGUAGUUUAUGCUGGCCUUAUCAUGUACGAUGCACAGGGAGUUAGAAGGGAAGUGGGCACUCAUGCAAAAGAACUAAACAAAGUUCUGCUAAGAUCCACACCAUAUUCAACUUCUUCAAGAAACGAGGCCGAUGAUUUUACCAAUUCUUUUUCCAGAGAAGCAUCUUCGAAUUUGGAGAAAAUCGACCCCGUUUUCUUGGAAGAGCAGAGUUCUUUAGAGAAAAAACAAACGAGUUCUUCUCUAUUAUUGAAGUCCGACGAAAAGAUGCCGAAUAGUGUAGUUUCUGAUGUCAAUGUAGGAAGAGAAAGGGUGGCGUAUAAUUUAUCGCCGUUGAAAGAAUCGAUUGGCCACACGGAAAUCGAAGUUGCUGCAGGUGCUCUGUUAGGUUUCUUGGUUAGUAUAGCAAUAUGCCCUUAUGUAUAAAUACUAUAUAUACUUAUGAUCCAAUUUUCAUUUUUUUUUAUGACAUUUAAUUAAGGUGACACUAUACCGUAAGUUUCAUCGAUCUCAUUAUUAAUAAAACUUUUCCUUAAUAAGUUUGCACUCA